AUGCACCAUCGUGAACCUAGAACUGAAGGUGAGCCAUUGUCCUUAAGAGUGAACGAUGGCAACUCGUUCACUUCGGAUGCCGCAUACGUUUUGAGGCCCCCUUCGUUUUCGUGGUUAACAGAUCUUGAACUUGUACCUGUUCGUGUGGAUGAGUUAUCAUCAGCUUUGAACCAAUCAUCCCAGGGCGAUUCUGUAGUGCGUGACUGGAAACUGUAUCGAUUGCUUGUCCGUUGUGCUUUACCUUGUUUGCCGGCACAACGAAUGCUGUGGCAACUGCGAGCCGAGGCACGCUUGUGUCCCUCUUCGAGCCCACAUUCCCGGUUUCGCUUGUUAGACCAGAUUGAGAUUGGUCUCACUCAGCGAUUCAGCGCCGUGCGUCAACCAGACUGGCGAUUCCAUGCCGUUGAAGACAAUCGCUGGUUCUGGACCAGUGCUCUAUUACGCAUCAGUUUGAUCUGGCAAUUAUUUCCGGUUGAGCUGCAACGCGUGGUUGAAGGUUUGUCUGCUCUCUUAGCUGGCUGUACUGCUGUCUUAGUCAACACCAAACUUCCAGUUAUUCUCCAAUUGGCUAUUCUGUUCGCACAACGCAUCCUGGUUGAUUGGACUGUGGAUACGUUUGAUUUACGCUGCCUGGAUGCGCUGAUCGAUUGGAAUCUGUCUGGAUUAGCGUUUCCCGCUCCAGGUCUCCACCCACCGAUUAAUGGCGGACCUCCAGCUUACUCCAAUCCUUCAACAUCUGUGGAUGGUAAUGGUAGCCACAUGGGCAGUCAGCGCAAAUCGACCACCCGUACGGGUAGUUCGUUCUUGGUCGCAUUUGUCCACCUGGUCUCUGAAGUAGCUCCAAGUCUAAUGGACUGGUCGACUGAGUUGGCUCAUAUUGAACCAGCCUUACGAGUUUCCAUCGAGGAUAUCCUCCUGCGAAUUCAGGAUACAAAAACCGCACUGGAUGUAUGGCGAGCGAUUUCUCACAUUUCCUCAACGGAGCCGGAGACAGAUGACUGCCAGUCCACAACACAGUCACAAAUUCAAUCCAUCCUGCAAGAUGUGGAUAAUCAAUUAAUACGACUUCUGCAAGCUGCUGAAUCCACUCGGACGGUUGUACAAUCCACCGCACACUGGCUCCGUAUCACCUCAUCCUCCUCCACUCUAUCCAUCCAUACGGAAUGGCUUGCACCUGUUAUUCGUUUUGCCGCUGCAUUUAAGAAGUGUGCAAGUGAUGUGGAAAGAAAACGUCGUAAUGGCGUGGAUACUGCACCUGGUUCAACUCCUUCUCAUCGACAUGAACACAGACGCGGAAAGAAUGAAAAAACACACCAGUCGCAUAACGAUGACAAACCGGAGCAUCGCCGACGCAAACAUCGCACUAGACAACUGGAUUCCGACGGAAUCAUGGAUGAUAUACUAGCCGGCCUUACCUACCAGCCCUUGCGAACGGAUAUUCACACCAAACGAAAGGAGUCCCUUGGGAGUAAAGCUUCGAAUUGA